GAGCUGCCCUGGUGGGCCUCGGGCUGCGCCCGGGCAGAGGCCGUGGAGGACGCCGCCGCCAGGCUGGCCGAGGCCAGGGCGCUGCUCGGGGAGGCCGCCCGCCUGCAGAAGCUGCGGGCCGCCGAGGUGGUGUGCGGCGUCCUGCGCGCGAGCGAGCCGUCCGAGGCGCUCGGCGACGCGGAGGCGUGGACGGUCGAGUGCGCCGGCAG